AUGUCUGCCGAUCUCAAGCAACGUGACCAGAUGUCCGUCCAUGGCGACGACAUCGAGAAACGAUCAUCAGAAAAAAAUGCUCCCGUUGAACACGAUACCACGGACGACAUACCGGCAGCAGAAAACUCCGCACUGGUACUGAAACAGGACUUGAGGAUAAUUCCUCUGUCUGCCGCCAUCUACCUGUUAUGCUAUCUCGACCGCUCCAACAUCGGCAAUGCGAAGACCCUCAACUCGGAAACCAAGGAUGAUCUCCUCUCCGACACAAAGAUGACGAAUUAUGAGUACAUCAUCGCAUUGAUGGUGUUUUUGAUUGCCUAUGCCGUCUUCGAAGUCCCCUCGAACUACUUCCUCAAGAAGUUCAAGCCUAGCCGUUGGAUUGCCUUCCUUAUGGUUUCAUGGGGUGCCUGCACGAUGGGACUAGGUGGAACCCAUAACUAUGCUUCCGUGACGGUAGUUCGCUUCUUGCUUGGUGUGUUUGAAGCCGGCUUGUUCCCAGGAUUGGUAUAUUACUUGACGUUCUGGUAUCGCAGCGAGGAACGAAGUCUCCGAGUUGCCAUCAUCCUAGCGAGCGCAACAUUGGCCGGUGCGUUUGGUGGAGCCAUUGCAUUUGGGGUCGGACAUAUGAACGGGGCCUCUGGCAUGAGCGCGUGGAGAUGGUUGUUUUUAUUGGAGGGACUUCCAAGCAUGCUCUCAGCUGUGGCCGUGUGGUUCCUCCUUCCCGACUACCCAGAAGAAGCCUCAUGGCUGAGUGCUGAGGAAAAAGCGCUGGCCGUGCGUCGACUGGCGACAGAAGGCUCAAAGGGCAACGCCAAGCCUCUGGACUGGGAGACAGCAAAGGCAACAUUGACUGACUGGCGACUUUACGGUCACUAUGCGAUUUACGUGGGAAUCUCGGCACCCUUUUCGUCCCUGUCGUUGUUCACGCCUACUAUUACCGCCGGCCUGGGAUACACUUCGCUGCGAGCACAACUGAUGACUGUGCCACCAUACGCAGUUGCUUACGUCGUGACACUCGCGACAGCCUGGUCUGCUGAUCAUUUCAAUGCCCGCUCUCUUCACUCUACAGUAUUCAGUACCAUUGGUGCGGCUGGGUUCAUGGCUUCGGCUCUUCUCCCACCGACAGCAUACAAAGAGCGAUACGGCUGCCUCAUCGUUGCAGCCUCGGGUUCCUUUGCUUGCAUCCCACCACUUCUCGGGUGGUUGAGCAGUAACUUGCAUUCGACUGCCUCGGUGGGCUUAGCAAUCGCGAUGAACAUCUCUUUCGGUGCCCCUGGUCAAAUUGUAGGUGUGUGGAUCUACAAAGCCAAUGAGAAGACGCGAGGCUACCCUACUGGUCAUUGGACGAAUGCUGCACUGUUGUUCUUCGUCGCUGCCGGCUGCUUGACAUUGAGAUUCUACUAUAGAUGGAGGAACAUGAGAUUUGUAAAUGGAAAAGGAGAUGGCAUGAUCAGAGACUUCACUUAUUAG